GUGGUGGACUUCCGGAUCGUACUUAGGGAUUUGCCCGAACUUCCGGUAAAGGCAAGUAAAUACAGUGGUGGUUGCUACCGUUUGGGUUGCAUCCUAUUCCCUGACAUUGAGUAUGCAUAAGUUUUAAUUAUGUUAAUCAUUGAAUUCUAUGAUGAAGUUUAUUUGUUUGGAAGUAUUAAUUCUCAAUUGUCUAAUAUUGUGGAUGAUCAUAAUUUGGUAAUGAUAUAUGUGGUUGAUUCCCAUCUUGGAUGAAGUUGAAGUAUUUUUUUGAAUCACGUUAUAUGAAGUGUUGUAGGCAUGACAUGCUCAUCGCAUCAUCCAUCUUGCAUUUUGAAGUUAUGUCGUGAUCUUAUGGUCCGACCGUACCGGUACAUUUUUAGCAUCGUACGUUGCCCGAGGAGGGGUACGAUGCGGCUCCAUAUCCUUAGAGGUAUGAAGGCAGAAGUCAUCCUUGCAUUUGCAGACAUUUGCACUCAUGAGGUAUAUAUGAAGUGUGACAUUACUAUGUUACUAUUGUGGUUUCUACCUGCGAGGUGUGGUGACUAGGUGUGUUGUACGUUGUAUACGUGCUGCACCUUCGUAAUAAGAAGGUUGUGGAAUCAAGUGGUGGUAAAACAAUGUUCUUAUGUGGUUAAACAGUUUGAUAUUAUUUUACUUGCUGAGAUGUGUCAUCUCACUCUUGCAUUACUCAAUGCAGGUACUUGAUACAUGUUGGGAAUGAGGGGAGUAGCAGCACGUCCACUUUCACUCUCACAAUAACGCUGCCCAGACGCGGCCAUGAUUUAAUUAGAAACUUAUUGUCAAAGGAAGUUUGUUUUUUUAACUAGUCGUGCGCACUAGUUAAUUCACUUCAUGUCGUAUGUUUAACUUCUCUUUGCUAGCCGAUUAAUAAUACUUAGUAUGUUUUUGUCAUGAUAUAUGUUUAUACACUCUUGCCCCCUCAUUUAUGCAAUUUUGCAAGGGGAAUGCUGCCGAAAUUUUAUAUAUAGAUGUCAGAAGUGUUGUUUAGUAGCAUUGCGGGGUGUUGGUGGACCCCGGGGUGUUACAUACGGCUGGUGGACCCACGAUGCGAUGCGAAGGCGCUGCGUCCCAGCGCGAAGGGCUCCACCAUGGUUGAUGCGAUGCCUUCGCCUGUGGUGCCUGCGGUGGCUGCCAGGAGAAUGCCCUCACCUGCAUGGGCUGAUGAGGUGGCAGGGACGAAGUGGGCCGAUUUUGGAGAAGCUAACUGGGAGUUGUCUAUGGACGACUACUUGACUGAAGAUGUGGGCAUGUUCAACGCUCAUAUGGGACUGUCGGCUAGCUGGGCUAGGUUUUGACAGAUGGUGGCAGUGUCGACAAAGUCGGUAGAAGAGAUGACCCAAGCAAAGACUGCGAUGGCGACUUCGCUAGACCCGUGAGCGUGAUUCUACGCUGCUAUUGACUAGGGCAGAGAGGUCGCUAGCACGUCUACGGUUGAGGGUGUGGCGGCAACUAACAUGUGGCAACUUCGCUACAUGAGUUUUUUUACCGAGGUCUAUGCAAUGGUAGGCUGCUAUCUUCACUGAUCAAAUGCAUCUAGGGCGCUGGUGGAUGUUGCGACCUCCCAACUGUGUUCUGAGAAGAAAUGGCAGGAGGACAAGAUAGAACGCCUUUGGAUGCAGAAUAUUGAAGCCAUUAAGGACAAGUCUGUGGCCGAGAACAAGAGUCAGAACCUGUUGGAGAAGGUUGACUCACUUGAGAAAGAGAAUGAGGGGCUCGAUCGCCAGCUAAGUGAGGAGAAAGAUACCGCUUACCACAACAGGGUGGAUGUUAUCACUCGGGUUGGCGUGGACAAGGCACAUACACUUUUUGUUGAUACAUAUCAUGAUCUAGGCAUGGAGACAACCCCCUUCUACAAGUCGGGGGGAGGUGGGGACCCGCUUCCUCGUCUGGAUGCAAGAGGAGUUGGAGUCCCUCCUGUCUAUUGCGACGACCUCAUGUCUUAUGCCUCCCUCGUUACCUGUGAAGGGGUAGCAGAUGCCUUGUCCCAUGAGGGAUGUAGGCACUUCGAAGUCUUUGACCAGAGUAACGAGGACUUUGACCACAGAGUGUUCCAGGUCGAAGAUGUUGUGCUAAAGAGUUUGACUGAGGCACUGUAUGACCGGAUGUGGGGUCCCCACGGUCAUGGAGUCGUCCAAGAGAGGGCUGGUCGGGUGCUGGCACAGGCGCUAAGGGAUGAAGAGAUUGAGGACCUCGCUGGCUUGGAAAGCUUAAUGGAUACGCAAGAUGCUGGUGCGAAGGCGAAUACAGAAGAGCAGUCAUCGCACGGGAGGGUCGGUGGUACUGACCCUGCAGCAGUGGGGACCUUGCAUUCGUCUGCCGCUGAGCAGGUUCUGGUGACUGGGCUUGCGCAAGCAAAUUUUGGCUUCCUGGACAAAGGGAUGGAAAUGGUUGGGGCUGUUGAAUGUGUUACACCAUUGUCUUGUUGGAGUUCAACAAAGUUUAGCAACGAUGGCUCUGAAUUUGACUCAUGGUCGUCGUGUAGCGAAGGGUGGUUGAGCCCUUUCGCGAAGAUGGACGAAGAGUCCUCGGAAGAGAAUUUGGAUUUAUUUGUUGCGUUAGAUGUGUCCGCGGUGGAAUCUAGAAUGGAGGAGUCUUCAUCUAGGGGCCCGACGACAACUGUGGUGAAAAGCAAAAGGAGAAGAGUGGGUGUACCAAAACGAAGGCUAGGGAGUGCCGGAGCUUCACCAAGAGGAGGUGAGGGCUCUCGAAGGCGUCGUAGUAUGGGACUAGGAGGACCUCGCCCGUGGGUCUCACUCCUCAAGGUGCUUCGUAUGUUGCCCCUGCGCCCUCAAGAGAGGGAGGGGGCGUGGUCAGAAGAGGGGCCUCACUGGAUUGUUUGUGCGCCAACAACUGAGUGAGGUUUUGAAGAACGGGGCCUUAGGGCGCUUUUUGAAGACAGGGAGCUUAGGCUUAUGUUGUUUAAUUUUCGGGAGGCUGGUCUAAUCCCAAAAGCAGAGCUUUUGUAAUCCUUAGAAGAUUUGUAUUGUCGUGGCUCGACGAAUUUAAGUGAAACGCUGCCCUCGCCCCCCUUCACCGAGGGACGACUAUGCGGGUCUUCGACUUUUGAAUGUAUUCAUGCAUUAUUAA